GGGUACUUCUUCCAAGCCUCCAGACCACCCCGAGGACCAAGUACCCCUGGCUAGUGCGCUCGGCUGUCCGCUGGCAAUCUUUGAUGAGCUCUGGACGACGUCUCUCUGCAGCCGUUCAACCUCAACCCGACGUCGUCCAUCCCGCCCAUCUAUCUAUUCCCCCCAUCACAUCCCAACCCCAUUCCAUCCAUCCACCCACAAGCAAAGCAAGGCGGUCGAGUCCAAGAAGCCAUAGUUGGAACCAUCAACCCUGACGACCCCAGCCAGGCCAGCAGUCAAGCUUCUGUAGACUCGGUCCAGCCUGCCCCGUUGACUCCAGCUGACCUGAGCGGCACGAGCCAACCUUUGGUCUAUUUUCGUUUGCUUCCGCUUUCCUGAGCGCGUUUCUGCGAACCGCCAGCCGCCUCCAGCCCGUCCCAGUUCUCCCUCCAGCCGCCAGCAGCUUCUGCGCGUCGUUGACCGAGCCUCGUCUCAAACACCAACCAGCCAGCCCACAUACACGUCCUCCGACAUGCCCGGCAAGACGCCAAACGGAAACGGGAAGGAGCCCGUCGAGAACGGCGGUUACCCCGGCAGCAAAGAUAUCGAUAUGAAGGACGACUCAUCAUCGCUCAAGGGGAAGGGGAAGCAGGGUGCCAAGGAUGGCGAUGAGGAGAUGACCGUUGUGGUGCCCAUCUCCAAGAAGCAGUCAUCCUCGCAACCUCCCAACGACGCCGACGGAGACGUAAGCAUGGACGACGCCGAGAAGGACGGUGAGGACAAGGUCGACCCAGUCGCCCAGGCCGUGUCAGAUGUUAAGAGCAAUUUCGCCCUCCUCGACCGAGCUGUGGCCUUGUUUGACGCGCGAUUCACCCUGCGAGCCCUGCGAUCCGUUUCUUCCAUCCGCAAACAACUUACCCCAGACAUCCUCGCCCAGGUCAUUGUCGAGACCUUCCCCGCGACAGUCACAUCUGGAAAUGUGGCAAAACAGCUCUUGAUUACACUUGGCAAGGAGCACCUGCCUCUAGGGCAGCAGUCAGCGACAGACUCUGCCAUGGACGUUGAUUCCAAGGCUUCGGUCAAGAACGGCGGCAAGAAGGAGACCAAGGAGGUCAUCCCCGAAAUAGACAUCUUCCUCGGCAUUCUCAUCCAGGUAUACCUGUUCGACUCUAAGCAGUUUCAGCAUGGUGCCCAGUUCUCUUCCUACCUUUCCGACCGCAUUCGCACUCUCAACCGCCGGACGUUAGACUCGCUUUCUGCCAAGGUUUACUUCUACUAUUCCUUGUUUUGCGAGAACAUUGCGCCUCUGCCUCCCUCCCCACAGUCUCCGAUCGUUGCCCUUCGACCCACCCUGUUGGCGGCUCUGCGAACAGCAGUUCUGCGAAAGGACAUCGACAUCCAGGCCUCGGUCAUUGUCUUGCUUCUGCGGAACUAUCUCCUCAUGUCCCACAUAAGCCAGGCUGAUCUGCUUGUGUCGCACACGCAAUUCCCCGAGAACGCCGCCAACAACCAGGUCGCCCGCUUCCUUUACUACCUCGGCCGCAUCCGCGCCAUCCAGCUGCGCUACACCGAGGCACACGAGCACCUUACUGCUGCCACCCGCAAGGCGCCUUCGAGCCUCUGCGCCCUGGGCUUCUCCCAGACUGCCACUAAGCUAUUGAUGGUUGUCGAGCUGCUGAUGGGAGAUAUCCCCGACCGUGCAACAUUCCGAGUUGCUUCAACGGAGCAGGCUCUGCACCCCUACUUCCUCCUCGUGCAGGCAGUACGUGUUGGCAACCUGGAGGAUUUUGAGACGACCAUCGCAGAUCACGCCGACACCUUCCGCAGGGACGGCACCUACACGCUGAUUCUGCGCCUCCGACAGAAUGUUAUCAAGACCGGCAUCCGUAUGAUGUCGCUGUCAUACUCGCGUAUUUCACUGCGGGACAUCUGCAUCCGCCUCCACCUCGGAAGUGAGGAAUCGGCUGAGUACAUUGUCGCAAAGGCGAUCCGAGACGGCGUGAUCGAGGCAACACUGGAUCGUGAGCACGGCUUCAUGAAGAGCAAGGAGACGGGCGACAUUUACGCUACGAGAGAGCCGACCGAGGCUUUCCACGACCGUAUCAGGGCGUGUUUGGCGCUGCACGAUGAGAGUGUCAAGGCAAUGCGGUUCCCAAUGAACCAGCACCGGCUCGAGCUCAAGAAUGCACAGGAAGCACGAGAGAGGGAGCGGGAGAUGGCCAACGAUAUACAGGAGGGUGACCUCGACGACGAUGACCUCGGAGGAGACUUCGACGGUAUUUGAGUUGAGACUGCGGGAGCACGGGAGGAAGUGCACAUGAGACGAUUCAGACAUUUUUGACGUGUAAUAAAAUCCAUACAUUGUGUUAUUGGCUUUUCACCCCCUCUUUGAACUCGCAAAGCUGCUUGCUGCUGGUUCCCCAAACCCCCCAUACCAACUCACAGUCUACUUCUUUUAUGUGCUCACCCCCUCGGCUGUUCUGGUUUCGGCGUCGGCCCACCAACACACUCUUCUUGUAUUUCCGACAGAAACACGGUUACGAACCCUGAGGUCUACUGGCGAUGGAGGUAAAUGGAUAGACUAGCAGAAUAGGCAAAAGCCAUCGCGCUAGCAAUGGAGUCGGAGUGAUUGUGAACA